AUGGCCACUCCCGAGACACGCGUAGUCUCUGUUCAACGACUGAACCAAGGACUGGGCGACCGGUCUCUGGCCGAAUGGUGGGAAAGUGAGCGCCGCCAGCAGACACCCGAGGCCAAGGCCAUCGAAGAGGCCGCCAACCUCUUGCGAACUAGCGAUCUACCCGUCGCGUUCCCCACCGAGACGGUGUACGGCCUGGGCGCCGAUGCCACACGCAGCGCCUCAGUGCAGGGCAUCUACCGGGCAAAGCAGCGGCCCUCUGACAAUCCGUUGAUCAUCCAUAUUGACUCCCUGGACAUGCUGGAACGUCUUCUCAAUGCUGCCCAAAGCAGCCCCAGUGCACUGAAGACCCCGCGCAUCCCCAUCCCCCCGAUCUACAAGCCCCUGAUCGAGUGGUUCUGGCCGGGCCCGCUGACCAUCAUCCUGCCGAACCCGUCGGGCUCUGAACUAGCCGCCGAGGUGACCUCUAAUCUGACGACCUUUGGCGUGCGCAUACCGUCUUCGCCACUGGCACGCCUGCUCAUCCACGCGACAGACCGCCCGCUUGCCGCGCCCUCUGCUAAUGCAUCCACCAAGCCGUCCCCGACUACGGCGCAGCACGUCUACCAUGAUUUGAAGGGCCGCAUUGAAUUGAUUCUGGACGGUGGCACAUGUGGAGUCGGGGUUGAGAGCACCGUCGUUGACGGGCUGUGUGACCCGCCCGCCAUCCUGCGUCCGGGUGGAAUCGGCAUCGACGAACUACGCCUGUGUCCCGGCUGGGAGAAUGUCGAAGUCGCUUACCGCGAUGGCACGCUGGACAUCAAGGAGAUCCCGCGUGCUCCGGGCAUGAAGUACCGUCACUACUCCCCCAAGGCGCGAGUUGUACUCUUCGAGCCCGACUCAAGCCCUGCCGGCGUGGCCAAGCACGUCCGAAAGGAUCUGCAAGACACGGCGAUUGGUGCGCACAACAUCGGCAUUGUGCGCACCCGCAAUUGGAAGCAGGGGCUGGGUCUGGCGCCAGACAAUGUCCUGGCCAGCACCGUGGUACCCAUGACUGCGCCCAUCGACCAUCUCGUCAGUUUUCCCAUUCCCGUGCAAGAGACUUGCAGCCAGAGCAGCCGUACCAAGAUGGCAUACGAUUGUUAUCUCGGCGCAGAUGCGGCUUCUAUCGCACAUGGCCUGUUCGCUGCACUGCGCGCGUUCGAUGAUUUUGAGGUCGAUGUGAUUUACGUAGAGGGAGUGCCUGAUCGCGAGGGCGAUCUGGCCGCCGCGGUUAUGAAUCGGCUGCGCAAAGCAGCUGGUGCAGAGUUGAAGGUUUAG